GUCGCCAGAUCUCUUCCUUCUCUCAAAUCAUUCCCAACUUACUUCGCCUGGAGCUCGGGAUCGAAGAACCCUAGAAAGUUCUCUCCUCUUCCUUGUGCUUCACGCUCACUCUUUCGGAUCGGUUCGUGCUUCGAACACGAGAUUUCCACCCCUGUAAUUUCUUCUCCACUCGAUCGAUUCUGGAAUUCGCUGCGAUGUUUCUUCUCCGUAGUUCGCAAGAUUUUGUCGAUCCCUAGAUCUCUGCAUUGCAUGUUCGGUGUGUGGAGUCCCAUGGGGAAUCGGCUGUAAUCGAGGCGCGCAGCUGCUUUGAUUCGUUUUGAAGACAAGUGCAUCGCGCGCUUUUCGUCUCCGUCUCUGCCAUGGAUAAUCGUGGCGACGCCGACGCAACUCCAUUCUUAAGUAUUUUUGCUGCAUUCUCUUAUGGGAUUGCUUCAAUGGCCAUGGUCUUCAUUAAUAAGGCAGUUCUAAUGCAAUAUGCGCACUCGAUGACCCUUCUUACUUUACAGCAAUUGGCUACAACAUUGCUUAUUCACUUCGGAAGAGUCACAGGAUACACAAAAGCACGAGGAUUGAACUUGGAAACUGCGAAAAAGCUCCUCCUGGUGUCACUAUUUUAUAAUGCAAAUGUUGCAUUUGCUCUAGCAAGUUUGAAAGGAGUUAAUAUCCCUAUGUAUAUUGCAAUAAAGAGACUGACACCGCUCGCUGUACUGAUAGCUGGAUUUUUUCGGGGAAAGGGAACUCCUGCUACACAGGUUACUCUCUCUGUUCUUUUGAUUGCUGCUGGAUGUCUCAUUGCAGCCAUCGGAGACUUUUCUUUUGAUCUUUAUGGAUAUAGCAUGGCUUUCACUUCUGUGUUUUUCCAGACUAUGUACCUUGUGUUAGUGGAGAGGUCUGGUGCAGAAGAUGGACUUUCAUCUGUCGAGAUAAUGUUUUACAACAGUUUUCUCUCUCUUCCAGUCCUGCUUUUUCUUAUCAUUGCCACUGGGGAGUUUCCAAGUUCCCUAUCGUUGUUGAUUGCAAAGAGUAAUUCGCUAUCAUUUUUUAUGCUGGUCGUUCUUUCACUUAUCAUGGGGAUUGUUCUCAACUUCACCAUGUUCUUGUGUACAAUUGUCAACUCUGCCCUCACAACAACAAUAGUUGGAGUCCUCAAAGGUGUUGGUUCCACGACUCUUGGUUUUGUCUUGCUGGGUGGUGUGCAAGUACAUGCCCUAAAUGUGACUGGCUUGAUGAUUAACACCGCUGGGGGUGUGUGGUACUCCUAUGCGAAAUAUCAGCAAAAGAAGGGCAAGCAACUAAAGACGAUGACAGAUCUUGAGGCCCACAAAAAAUAGAUACGACUACAAAAGAGAUGUCAAGUCUGGAAGUCUGCAGCCAGACAUCAACUUCUGUGUCCAGUGUCAACCUAGGGAUCCUUUUUAAUGGCAUGCUUUUAGUACAAGAGGUCCAACUAGCAAUUGUAUGUAUUUGUCACCGUGCUGUUGCUUUGCAGAAUCGACCUGGGAGCUUGCACACAGAACGCCGUUAGUGGCAACUAUGAUUUGAUUGCAGCGUACUAUCAUGAUGCAUUAUGCCCGGUGCAUAUAAAAAGGUGGUGCAUCUACUACACUCCGUCAUUCUGCUUAGGUUCGUUUCCAGAGCACCCAUGUGAGUCAGUCUAGGCUACUGAUUAUUGUUUCUUUUUUUUAAUUGUCUUGAUUUGCAGUGGUCUUGCUUUUGUUGUUCAGUGUUGUUGGUUUGAAGCAUCCAUUUCAUAGAAAAUGGGUUAAGAGUACCCCAAGUUGACUGGACACUUUAGAUAAUCAGUUGGCUAGGGUAACUGGGUGUGAAAGCUCUCCUGGGGAAGGCAGGCAAUACACGAGGCAUGUCAUGUAAGCCUGUUUCUGCUUAUUGGGACCCAUCAUGCUUACUGUGAAGAUCAAGGAACCUGGUCUGAAUCAAAUGUUGAAGCUCAGUUCAUCCGCA